UCAUACAUGCUGCUGGUAACAAAGGAGACAACAACAGGGGGAUGAUGGGUCCUCACACAACAAGCCUGUCAUAGAAACAAUAAGAAACUGAGCCGGUUCGCUUCUUCUACGCUGCGGAUAAUUUCAAUAACACUAUAUUUAACUACCGAGUUAAGUUUAAAGUAACGUUACAGUAGCGCGACCUGCGCCUGGACCCAUAUUAACCUAAAACGUCUUUUCUUGCCAAAGCUAACCAUGUUGGACUGCCAACAGUAGAGCCGAAUUACUGAGGAGAAGGAGUCAGACAUGUCUCAUUAAAAUCGGUGAUGAUGACACAAUAACAUUGACCUACGCCCUCAAAGCCUGACCACACAUUGGUCAGAGCUGGGAGUUAAACACACCGAUACAAGAGAACACUCCAGCUGCCAUGUCCGUCCAGGAAGCAUCCCAGCGGCCCCCGUCGCCCGUGCCCCUCAAAACUGACGCCAAACCGAGACCGGAGAUCCCCCCAAAACCAUCAUCACAAACUAGCUCCCCUCCUCUGGGAGACAGGAGCAGCAGCGCGAGCCUUUCUGGAGGGAAGGUCAAAAGGAUUGUGAACAAGUUUAGCCAGAAGGAGUCGAAUGAAAAAGGAGAGAAAUCCACCAAUGGUACUGCAGAGGUAAAAGCAAUUAAACGAUCCAAAAGGCCGCCGACGGUGAAGCCCAAACCGGGCCGCGCCAGUCUGCAGCUUCAGCUUGGGAAUGAGGGAGAGAAGGCGCCUCCGCUGCCUUUGAAGAGGAGUCGUAUCCUGCAGAAGCAGAAAGAGACGGAGGGAGGAGAGCAGGAGGAUGGCAUCAGUGCGACAGGAGGUCGAUCAGAGCCUGACGGGAAAGAGGUGGAGAUUCAGCUAACUGGGGGAGGUGAAGUGGAGGCGGAGCACAGUCCAAACACGCCUCUCAGUCCAUGCUGCGACCCAAGCUGCAGCUGUGUGUGCCACCUCCAGUGGCCUGGCAUGAAACUAAUAUGGGUGCCCGUGGACGCGGAUGAGGGCAGGGAGAAGGAGGAUGGAGGCGGACAGGAGGUUGAGACUGAUGAGGAAGAGGAGAGGGAAGAGGAUGUGGAGGAUUGGGAGGAGGUUGAUGUGGAAGUGAGGGGAGGGGAAGGGGACAGCGAGGCAGGGGAUGAGGUGGACAGGACGUCAGUGGUCGAUGAGGGUGAAGUGUUGAAACAAGAAAAGGCAAAGUUCCACCAGUGUUUGGAUAUUUUGAUCGCCGACGGUCACAGGAGACGUUCGGACCCCGGCCCUCACUCUAUUCUCACCUCUCUCGCUGUCACUCGCUCUCAGUCCCCCCCUGUUCCCCCAAAACGAGCUCAGUCACCACAUAUCCACAACUUACCCACCCAAAACGAAGAAGAAAACAUUUAUGAGGCCACACUUCCGGUGCCAGUGGUUGACCCCACUCCUAAAAAGACCACAGUGGAUAUUACACACCUGGAAAUUCCUCAAAUCAAAGUGCGCAAACCAGCCCGCCGGUCUAAACUCUCCUACAGCACCUCAGACCCAACAUCUGAGUUUCAGAUGAACAUAGAACCCAUCUCCAGCCCAGAGGACGUGCCGCCUGCCAUCCCGCCAAGGAUGCCUGUGGCUCAGGACAGCCGCAGCCUCACGCCAGUGCACCGUGGCGGCAUUCCUCUCCCCCAGCCCACACUGGAGGAGUGGCGCACCCUGCGGCCCUCGUCCCCCAGCGGCUCUACUACCAGCGGGCUGAGCCCCCAGCGGGCCACCACUCCACCCCCACUCAGCCCUCACAGACCCCCACCUCCACCGCCAAAGACAGACCCCAGGAGGCUCAGCAGUGCCUCACUGCAAUCCCUUACACCGAAAAAAGAAGGAGAGGAGAAUGGAGGGAAUGAAGGAGAGAGAGAGGACACAGCUGAAGAACCGCGUCCAGUCAGGAGCGGCUCCCUCAGGAGGGAGUCCUCGUUCAACUGGGAGUCCCGGCUGCAGGAUGAGCCUCUGUACCAGACGUACCGCGCCACCGUCAUCACCAAGGAGAUCCGACGGCAGACAGUUUGUCGCAACAUCAGUAAAACCAGUGCGGACUACGCCAUGGACUGGACAGCCCGUCAGUCAGGGACUGGAACUGCAACUGGUAACGGAGCACCCAGGAGUAGCCCUGUUCCAACGCCGGGCCAGAGCACACUGUGGCAGGACCUCCCAGCUGUUCGGGAGGCAGGGGUGCUGGAGCAGCUCACCCCUGAGCAGUGCAAGUACCAGGAGAGUAUGUUCGAGGUUUUGACAUCUGAGGCCUCUUACCUUCGAUCCCUGCGAGUCCUGACCGAACACUUCCUGGACAGCCGGGAGCUGGAGGAGACGAUGAUCAUCAGAGACAAGAAAACCCUCUUCUCCAACAUCCUGAGGGUCCGAGAGGUCAGCGAGAGGUUCUUGAAGGACCUGGAGGACCGCAUAUUCAAGGACCUGGUCUUCCCUGACAUCUGUGACAUUAUCCACUACCACGCCCAGCACAACUUCCCUGCCUACAUCGACUACGUCCGCAACCAGAUCUACCAGGAGAAGACCUACACUUCACUCAUGAAGAACAACUCUCAGUUUGCUUCAGUCAUCACUCGUCUCCAAGAGUCGCCUCAAUGCCAGCGGCUGCCUUUCAUGUCCUUCUUGCUGCUGCCCUUCCAGCGAAUAACACGCAUCAAAAUGCUCAUUGAGAACAUCCUGAAGAGAACAAAGGAGAGGACGAAUGAGGAGCAGACAGCCUCCAAGUCUUUGGCUUCGGUGUCGAAGAUCAUCGACGAGUGUAACACGCAGGUGGGAAAGAUGAGACAGAUGGAAGAGCUGAUUCAUGUCUCUCAAACACUGGAAUUUGACAAGCUCAAGGCUAUCCCGAUCAUCUCCCAGACACGAUACUUGGAGAAGAAGGGAGAGCUGCAGGAAAUGUCCAAAGGAGGAACUCUCUUCAACAUGAGGGCAAAGUUCAUCCCCGUCUACCUCUUCCUCUUCAAUGAUCUGCUCCUCAUCGCUGCCAAGAAAGGUGCAGAGCGUUUUGUGGUACUGGAUCACGCCCAUCGCUCUCUGGUGCAGGUGCAGUCUAUAGAUGAAAGUGGGGGCAGCUGCGGCCCAUACGAACACUGCUUCAACCUCACGCUGCUGGAAAACCACCAGGGACGCAUGAUGGAGAGGCUGCUCAAAGCUCCCACCCAGUCAGACAUGCACAGGUGGAUGGCAGCUUUCCCCAACCCCACCAACCCAGACACAGACGACAAUGAAGUGAUUUACGAGGACUGGGACUGUCCUCAGGUGCAGUGCGUGGAGCAGUACAUUGCCCAGCAGGCAGACGAGCUCACAUUGGAGCCCACUGAGAUCAUCAACGUCAUCCGCAAAGCCAAUGAGGGCUUUUAUGAAGGCAUCCGCCUGUCCGACGGUCAGAAGGGCUGGUUCCCCGUAGGAAACGUCAUAGAGAUCACCAACGAGCAUGUGAGGCGGCGAAACCUCCGAGAGCGCUACAGAGUCAUGCAGGCUGCGAGCUUGGUCGCCAACAGCAAGGCCAACACCGCUCAUUGAUCGAUGGAUGGAGGAUGUUUACAUUGAGUUGUUGUCAUGGAUACAAACUCUUCAGGAGUUAACUCUGUACAAAGACUAUUCAGGGACUUUAUAGUUAAAGUGUCGGUUUCUAAUAACCGGGAAAUGAAAGAUAAAAGGAGAAGGGUGACGAUCAUGAGACGUCAUAACAGACCUGCAGUCAUCAAGUACGUGAGUGUGCACUUAAGCAGCUGGGAGCUCGAGGUAGAUCAUUUACAACUGGCACUGACAGAAACUAUGUGAACAUGCAUGCAUUAUAUAACAGAUAUCAGCAUCUUGAGUGUACCUCCUCUUGUGAGCAUGUAGCCCUGCGUUAACCUUUGCUCUGCACAAACUGAAACUGCACAUUUGAAAUGCCAAUCAUUCUCGCCACUGCCAGACCUGAUUGUGCACGUCAGACCUGCUGCGAAGAAAAGAGUUGGGUGUUCCUGCAAACGCCUCUUGUGUCCUACUCGUCACAUGCACAAACAAGUUAGAUCCUCUCAUUUCUGACAUGCACAACAACCUGGUGUCACCAUGGUGGCCAAGAAUACAAGAUAUGACAUGUUUUUAUGAUACAAGAAUCCUGUAAAUGAAUCGUCUUCACUGAAACAGGAAUUUAUCUCACCACGUAACAAACCGUUACUGUUAAAAGAAAUCUAAUCAGGAAGUGCCUUUGAAUAAACUCAGAACGCAGGUCUACACACCGGGACUUCUAUCAGGAUCAAGCACAAGAGCUUUUAAAAUGCAUGUCAAUGUGGGCUGAGCUGUACUGCCAUUAUGACGUUAGCUUGUUAGCUUGUGUCAGUAGCCGUUGUGGAAUAAUACUGUAGCUCCCCCUGCAGCUUGUUGUCGUCUGUGGAUAGACUGUAAAUGUACGAUAUGUUGUAAAUAAUGAGUGGGGGGGGGGUUCUCUCCUUCAAAAACAGUAGAAGUGCUUUUAAUAAAAAUGUGUGUCUUUUUAGCU